CAUUGACAUUUUCAUAUCAAGUUUGUCUAAAUAAUUGUGUAGUUUUUAUAAAUAUAUUUAAUAUAAUUUCAUACAGCUUUUCUUUUCUAAAUUAAAGUUUUUUAACACAGUAUAAGAUGGCAAAGAGUACAGAAGCUGAACAGUUGGAGAAAAUGAAGAUCUUAGAAACCAGAAUAAAGGCACCAUCAAUCUGGGGAAGGUAUCCUGGCGGAAUACGGUUCGAAGACUUACAGGAGAGGCGGUAUGAGGAUGCAGUCAGGCUAUUGAAGAAACAUUACUUAACUGAAGAAAUUACAUACCGGUCAGUGAAGAUAGCUGACGAUAAGGAAGGAGUGGAUGAAUUCACACAUCAAGCCAGAAUUUGGAUGAAAGACAAAAUGUCGAUUGCUGCGGUCAAGGAAGGGACAGACAAACUUAUAGGUGUUCUCAUCAUGAGGAUUCAGGAGAAACAGGCAUUCUCGCGCACAUUCAGCCGAGUCAAGAUCACUUACAAUCCUCUAUACUCAACGGUGGUAGCGUUUAAUAACGAGUUAGAGAAGCCAGUGAACCUAUUCGAUAAGCUUGGUGUGAGGCGGUACUUCAAGAUAUAUGUGCUGGCGCUGAAGCCCAGGUACCGGCAUAGAGGUAUAUCAAAGGAAAUGCUAAAAGGGGCGAUUAGUCUCAGUACGAGCGCUAACGUUCCUGCCAUAGCUGGUUUUUUUACUACGGGGAGGGGCCAGCAAAUAGCUGACUCAUUAGGAUUCGUAAAAUUUAAUGAAAUUUAUUAUGUUCGAUAUGUUAUUGAUGAUCAGAUAGUAUUCUGGGAUACCGGUCUUGGUAACUACGGUGCAGCUUUGAUGGGAUAUCGAAUACCGUCAGUAGAAGAACCUAUAGAGAUUCAACCCCAGGCGUCUUCUCGCUUUAACGUGCAGGUCGCGAAUGAUGAAGAAGAGACCACGUGAUCUUCAAUUGUUUGAUAUUUGAUAAUAAAAUAGUGUUUGGGACUUUGAUAAUAAUAUAUAAUAUACGUUAUACCAAUAUUAUUUAUAAUAUUGUCCUUUACGUAAGUAUUUAAUGAAAUUUGUAUUUGAUGUAACUUGCAAUUGGUAUGUUAUUUAAC